AUGCAUCCAAGUGGCCCCAUCUCAGGCUCCCUCCCGGGCCCCCACGGUGGUUCUGCCUGCUCCCGGGGGAGCCGGAAGCCGCCAUCCUGCUUUCUGCCCUGGCAGGGUGCCGGGGACGCUGCAGCCAAACCUUCAAAGGGUCAUUGUGAGCGCAGGUGCUGGCUGCUGAUCGCCCAGCAGGGUCCCUAUGGGCAGCCUCUGACUUGUGGGGAGAUGCCCGCACCCCCGCGGCGGGCGAGCCACACCCCAGCCUCUGUCAUGAGCAGUCGAGCGCGCUCGGACCUGGGAGCGGGGGCUCCGGGUGGUGGUCCUCCCCUUCCUCCCGCGCCCCGCCCCGCCCCGCCCCGGGUCUUCGCACCUUCCCAUGCGCAGCCGGAGGGCAGAUCCCACCUCCAGAGCACCCCCGCUCUCCCCGAGGACCCCAGCCGCGUGCGGGAUCGAAUUCGGGGAGACAAGCCCGCCCCCAACCGCCUCUCCCCCCCUGGGGCGCCCGGGGCCCGCUGGCAGGCCUCAGAUAGGGAAACCCAGGCACAGGCCACUCAGCGGCUUGCAGAUGGGCGGGCUCCCGGGUGUCCCGAGUCCACGGCGCACCGGGCACACACACCACCCCCCACGCCCUACGCGGUGGAGUCCAGAGAGCGCCCCCGUGCAGCAAACCCUGUGCGCCCAGAGUGGGGACCCGGGAAGAUGCCCCAGACGCCAAGGGGAGGGGCUCGAUGCGUGCAGGAAGCAGAGGGGAGGCCGAGGCCGGGGCUGUGCGGGCUGAAUAGGAGUUUGCCAAGGACCAAAGCUGAUGAACCAGGCUGGGCGUGCAGCCCUGAGCGUCCUCACUGGGGCCACUCCCUCAGGACCGGGGACCACAUCGUCAUGGUGAAUGGGGUCUCCGUGGAGAAUGUCACCUCCGCCUUCGCCAUCCAGAUUUUGAAGACCUGCACCAAAACGGCCAACAUUACAGUAAAGCGUCCCCGCAGGAUCCAGCUGCCUGCCACCAAGGCCAGUGCGUCGCCAGACCCGGAGGAAGCCGACCACGGCCGUGGCUACGAGGGCGACUCCUCCAGUGGUUCGGGCCGAUCUUGGGGUGAGCGUUCUCGAAGGACCAGGACAGGGCGCCGCAGCCGCCUGGGCAGUCAAGGGCGCUGGAGCUCAGGUGGCGGAUCUGAGCCCAACGGACUGGACCUGGUGUCCGGCUACAAGCGCCUGCCGAAGCAAGACAUGCUCAUGAGGCCACACAAGUCUGUGCUGGUGAAGCGAAGGAACAGCGAAGAAUUUGGAGUGAAGCUGGGCAGCCAGAUCUUCAUAAAACACAUCACAGACUCUGGUCUCGCUGCUCGGAACCGCGGGCUUCAGGAAGGAGACCUCAUCCUGCAGAUCAAUGGGGUGUCCAGUGCGAAUCUGUCCCUGAGCGAUACACGGCAGCUCAUUGAGAAAUCCGAGGGGGAGCUGACGCUACUGGUGCUGAGGGACAGCGGGCAGUUCCUGGUGAACAUCCCUCCCGCAGUGAGCGACAGCGACAGCUCCCUUAUGGAAGACAUCUCAGACCUGACCUCGGAGUUGUCCCAGGCGCUGCCAUCACACAUCCCUCCACCACCUCUACAGGGUCAGCGGAGCCCUGAGGCGAGCCCGAUGGACUCCCCAGUGGAGAGCCCCCGGCCCCGGACGAGGGAACUGUCAAUGGAUUCAAGAGCCAUUGCUGAACCAGAGUGUCCUGGAGAAAGCGGCUAUGACAUUUACAGGGUUCCCAGCCGGCAGAGCCUGGAGGACCGUGGCUACAGCCCCGACACCCGAGUUGUGCGCUUCCCCAAGGGUGCAAGCAUCGGCCUGCGGCUGGCCGGCGGCAACGAUGUGGGCAUCUUUGUGUCCGGGGUGCAGGCGGGCAGCCCAGCCGACGGGCAGGGCAUCCAGGAAGGGGACGAGAUCUUGCAGGUGAAUGGCAUGCCGUUCCGGAACUUGACCCGGGAAGAGGCUGUGCAGUUUCUGUUGGAACUGCCACCAGGGGAGGACGUGGAGCUGGUGACACAGAGCAAGCAGGACAUCUUCAGGAAAAUGGUCCAGUCCCGCGUGGGUGACUCCUUCUACAUCCGCACACACUUCGAGCUGGAGCCAAGCCCGCCCUAUGGGCUGGGCUUCACCAGAGGCGAUGUCUUCCACGUGGUGGACACGUUGUACCCGGGCUCGGGGCUGGGCCACGGUGGCCGUGGGGGCCUCUGGCUGGCAGCCCGCAUGGGCAGAGAUCUCCAAGAGCAAGAACGCGGCGUGAUCCCCAAUCAGAGCAGGGCAGAGCAGCUGGCCAGCUUGGAGGCAGUGCAGCGGGCUGCAGGUGUAGGUCCUGGUGCCUCCUCAGCCUCCAAUCCACGAGCCGAGUUCUGGCGACUCAGGGGCCUCCGCCGAGGGGCCAAGAAGACGACACAGCGGAGCCGUGAGGACCUGUCGGCACUGACCAGGCAGGGACACUACCCGCCCUAUGAACGUGUGGUGCUUCGAGAAGCCAGCUUCAAGCGCCCGGUGGUGAUCCUGGGGCCAGUGGCCGAUAUUGCCAUGAAGAGGCUGACAGCCGAGAUGCCUGACCAGUUCGAAAUUGCGGAGAGCGUGUCCCGGGCUGACAACCCAAACAAGAUCAUCAAACUGGACACUGUGCGGGUGAUCGCGGAGAGGGACAAGCACGCACUCCUGGACGUCACCCCGUCGGCCAUCGAGCGUCUCAACUACGUGCAGUACUACCCCAUCGUGGUCUUCUGCGCCCCCGAGAGCCGCCCCGCCCUCAAGGCCCUGCGCCUGGAGGGCUCAUCCGAGGACCUGGACCUACCGGGCCGCAGCCUGGACGCCAGCUCCGGGGACCUCAGCUGUGACAGUCGGGCCAACAGCGACUAUGAGGACACAGACGGCGUCUACACGGACGGCGAGGGCAGCGGGCCCCAGGACGCCGAUGAGGAACCCCGACUCCCAGCUCUGGCCCGGUCCUCGGAGCCUGCGUGGGAGGGGAUCGCCGCCGAGUGGGACAUGCGGGCCGACAGCCGCCACCCCCAGGGCCAGGACAGCAUGCGGACCUACGAGCACGACGCCCUGAGGAAGAAGUUCACGAGAGCCCGGGACGUUGAGUCAUCCGAUGAUGAUGGCUAUGACUGGGGCCCAGCCACCGACCUGUGACCUGAGAAGGCACAAGCCCUCCCUCCCUGGAGCCUCAGUUUACCCUGUAGGACCCAGAACCUUUGACAAUUUAAUAAACCUUUAAUUUUUUAACAUUA